AUGAUUUCCUGCCCUCCAGCCCCAGGAAAUGUUAGUGAGUCGGAGGAAGACCGAGGCACCGGGAGCGUGGAGAGUCAUGCCCCACCCAGCACACAUCGGGUGCCUGACUCCAAGUUCCAUUCCAUCCACGCAAAGCUGGACACCAUCAAGAAAGGUCAUGCGAAGGACAGCCAACGCUACAAAGUCGACUAUGAGUCCCAGAGCACGGACACCCAGAACUUCUCCUCGGAGUCCAAACGGGAGACAGAAUAUGGUCCCUGCCGUAGAGAGAUGGAAGACACCCUGAAUCACCUGAAGUUCCUCAAUGUGCUGAGUCCCAGGGGUGUGCACAUCCCCAACUGUGACAAGAAAGGAUUUUAUAAGAAGAAGCAGUGCCGCCCCUCCAAAGGCAGAAAGCGGGGCUUCUGCUGGUGCGUGGACAAGUAUGGGCAGCCCCUCCCAGGCUUCGACAGCAAGGGCACAGACGACGUGCACUGCCUCGGCAUGCAGAGCCAGUAAACCCCACUGCAUCAGUUAAAUUGGAGCUCCAAUACGCCUUACUUUGCACAAAAGACUGCCAUGGACAGAACAGCACCUGGCUACAUCCUCAACUUAUAUUUCUUUUUGUGAUGAACUGGUUUUUUGUUUUU